CUCCCCAACAAGAAAUGGCCGAAGCAUUCCCGUUUGGUGUCGCGCAGGAUAUCAUUGGGAGGUUAAGCUCUACGACUUUCGAAGAGAUUGGAUCCAUCUGGGGUUUCAGUGAUGACUUCAGAAAAUUGAAGGAUACUAUUUCCACUAUUCUAGCUCUACUUCUGGAUGCAGAGGAGCAGCAGAACAUGAAUCGUCAAGUCAAGGACUGGAUCAUGAAAUUCAAGGACGCAGUUUAUGAUGCGGAUGACUUGUUGACCGAUUUCUCUACUGAACAUUCGCGGGGAGAAGUGAUGGGUGGUCAAAAGAAAAUGGCAAAGAAGAAUUUUUAAGCACUGUACAAACUACUGAAUGCCUGCCAGGGAAAUGGGAG